AUUUGAUGUCGGUCUUGUCUAGAAUUGGCCCUUUCAAACAACAGUGCCCCACCAAAACGUCACAAUCGUUUCACAGACGGCGCGCAAAACAAGACUUGCUCGCACUGCAAGAAGACCUUUCCCUCCAACGCCUCCAUGCUCAUUCAUAUGCGCACGCACACAGGCGAGCGGCCCUUCGUGUGCGGGCUGUGCAACAAAGGCUUCAACGUGAAGUCGAACCUGCUUCGGCACCUGCGCACGCUGCACGACCAGCUCGUCAGCGCCGACGAGCCCGGGCCCUCCGACGUCAAGCGCGAGUCCUGAGCCAGGGGAGGGGGGGCAGGAAGAGGACGCGUCCGUAGAGGCGCGUACGCACCGGCGAUGACGGCGGCGAGCCGGCGCGCGGCCGAGCGCAAGGCGGCGGCCGCCGACCCCGCCGCGCCGCGCCGGCAAAGCUACUCGCUGUUCCUCAAACAGCGAGCGGUGCUCUUCUCUGCCAAGAAGUGGAAACAGUGAACGUGACACCCGGCACGCUGCGGUUAAGUUCGGUUCGGUUUUGUUUGUAACGUAGGUGGGUAAUGCUGGACGAGUUAGUUAUCUUAAAAACACUCCAAGAUUACAGUAAUGCAGUAUCGAGCGUUCUUCAGUAAAAUUGAGACGGAUGGCGACAUUUUUUUAAUGCCAUUGAGUGAAGUACGGCCAACUAGCAGCGAUACAAAAGGUCGAGUUGACAAUAUAUUCUGUCUCUUCCCAUCUUAUGUAUUUGUCGUAAUGUCUCGUUCUUCC